AAGUCGAAGAAACGAUUGCAGCUUCUCAUCUUUCACCAGAAGCCUAAAAUGGUAUAAAUCUGAACGAGCAUUGGCCAGAAUCUUGCCACAACGCCCCAAUGCACACCAGCCACAGAUAUUACACGCUUUAAGCUCUCAAAUGGCGAGCCCCACCUGCCGUGAUUUUAGAUUUUUGAUUCCGCUUGCAAGAAUUUUACAGUUUACUCAACGUCUUAAUUCUUUAGUAUCUAGAACAUUGUAGCAUAAUCUUUUCCCUUCUCGAUGAUUUCCUCGCCCAGCGGCAUUGCGCCGUCGCAUAAGACAGAGCUUUAUGCCCUUACUGCUAAUUCGGCUUUUGUUCCUCUGAGGAGAGCAUUUCAACAUAGAAGCAAAUGUGUUAUGAACAGGAGAAGUUUUGCCUUUAGGGGAAUUGUGGCUUCUGGAGUUUCAGUUAUGGGCUCUUCUGUGGUUAUGCAGCCUGCUCAAGGGAUUGAAAGAUUGCCUUUCAAACCAGAAGGUUAUAAUUUCUGGACGUGGCGGGGUCACAAGAUACAUUAUGUUGUACAAGGGGAAGGUCCUCCAAUAGUUCUUAUUCAUGGUUUUGGUGCUUCUGUAUUUCAUUGGAGGUAUAACAUACCAGAGCUGGCUAAAAAGUACAAGGUUUAUGCCUUAGACUUGCUGGGAUUUGGGUGGAGUGAUAAAGCAAUUAUUGAGUACGAUGCCAUGGUCUGGAGGGACCAAGUUGUCGAUUUUAUGAAGGAAAUAGUGAAACAGCCCGCAGUUUUAGUUGGGAACAGCCUCGGAGGAUUUACCGCCUUGGUUUCAGCAGCAGGGUCGCCAGAGCAAGUUCGCGGAGUCGUAUUACUAAACUCCGCCGGGCAGUUCGGAGACACAAAUAAGUCGACAGAUGAGCCAGAAGAAGAAACAAGCUUUCAGAAAUUCCUCUUGAAGCCACUGAAAGAUUUUUUUCAGCGGAUCUUUCUUGGAGUUCUUUUCUGGCAAACUAAGCAACCAGCUAGAAUUGUUUCUGUUUUGAAGAGUGUGUACAUAAAUUCUGAAAAUGUGGAUGACUAUCUGGUAGAGUCUAUAUCAAGGCCAGCAGCCGACCCGAAUGCUAGAGAAGUUUAUUACAGAUUGAUGACGAGAUUCAUGUUCAAUCAAAGCAAAUAUACACUAAACAGUGUGCUGAGUGAGCUGUGUUGCCCAUUGUUGUUGCUGUGGGGUGACUUAGAUCCAUGGGUUGGACCUGCUAAGGCCAACAGAAUCAAAGAGUUCUAUCCCAACACAAGUGUUGUACAUUUGAAAGCAGGCCAUUGCCCACAUGAUGAAGUUCCAGAGCUUGUCAACUCAGCUUUGAUGGAUUGGCUGGCAACCCUGCAACAAGCUCAGCCAACACUCUGAAAAACUCUUCUCAAAAUUUUACUGUCACUUGUGAAUCUUCACUCCAUUUUGAGAUUUAUGUAUACUUUUCAAAUGAAAUUAAUUUUUAUUAAAUUUGAAA